UAAAAUGUCUCAAUUUUGUACAUCAAGCUUUUGGGAUUGGGACAUAUCAUGGAAUUCCCAAACGUUCCCUGAUUUUACCAUUUGUUUUGAGGAAACAGUGCUUACAGUUAUUCCAUGUUUAAUAUUAUUAAUCAUAUCGUGUUUAGAAAUUCCCAAAUAUUGUACUGAAUUAACUGAACCCCCACUUCCAUACACUACUAUUUUGUUAACAAAAUUUGGUUUAACCAUUGCAUUAAUUCUCAUAAAUUUAAUAGAUUUAUUGAACAAUUUGUUAAAUUAUUUUAAUGGAGAUCCUUCUCUAUAUUUUAUAUCAAUUAUUAAAAUAUUAACUUUUUCAUAUGUUAUUAUUUUACAAAAUUAUCACCGAAAACAUCGCAUAUAUUCUUCUGGUGUCUUAUUUAUAUUUUGGAUCUUAUAUUCAAUUGCGUCAGUCUUUAACUUCAGAACAAUAUAUACUAUUAUUUUUGAAAAUGAAUCUGGUUACGACUCUGCGAUCAAUGAAAUUACAUUCGUAACAAAAAUGUUAAGUUUUCCUAUAGUUAUAAUGCAACUUAUAUUUUCAUGUGUUGCUGAAUUGGAUCCAUAUUAUGAAAAAAAAUUUAUGUCCUGA